UCGGAGCGCAGGAUCAUUAGAUAAAGUCGAAUUAAAAUGGUUGUCUAUUUUAUAAAAGAUCCAGUUCCCGUAUUUAAAGUUAGAUUAGAACAAAAGUAGACGUAAGAGGGUGUGGCGGCUCAAUACAAUACUAUGUGUAAUGCGUUCAAAAAUAAGCAUUAGAUUGGAGAGAGAGAGAGAAAAAAAACUCAAAAUCAAAACGUUUAUUAACGAUAUUCGGCGACAGACAACCAGGCUGCAUACAUACAGACUGCCUAACCCUUCUCUGCUGAAGACUGAACUGCAGCACGUCGGUGGAAACGCACCAGCCGCGCAAGGAUUUUUUUUUACUCCUCCUUCGUAUUAUAAAGUCGCCAUUUUGCUUCAGUGCCUAUAAAAGCUUCUUGUAUUUUUUAUUUCCUUUAUGGGACUGAGCCAUUUCGCCAGAAUUUUCCGUACCGUUCUUUUUCCACAGACGCCUGAGCGGGUGUUGCGAGAGUGGCUACUGGCCGUGACGGCAGUCUGCUGGGAUCACCUCCCGGGACAGCAGGUGUGAUUGCCAUGUAACAACCGGGGCGACAGCAAAGUGCACCGCCUGACCCCACGUGGGUGACCCGGUCCACCCGGCCACUAGUGUUGGUGUCGGGUGACUCCCAACACACCAGCUGCAGUCUGCCUGUAUUCGAGGCAUGGCAGACUCCAGCAGGGGACGGCUAGGCCAUGUGCCCUCUGGUGGAAUCCAGAGAAGGCUCAGCAAACCGGCAGGCCUGACAGCGACAGCAAAGAAGGUGGGCAGAGAAGACACUAAACUUGGUACAUCUGCAAAUGAGAAGGUGGAAGGCAAGAAAAAAGGACGCCCCAGAGCUGAAAACCAGGAGCUGAGAAGCAUACCUGCUGCUGUGAUGGCUUCGUGGAAAGAAGAGUUUAAGAAUCACUCCAGAGUAAAAUGCCCCAGCUCUGGGUGCUGGCUAGAAUUCCCGAGUAUUUAUGGACUAAAGUACCAUUACCAGCGCUGUCAGGGGGCUACGAUAGCAGAGAAACUGAGCCAUCGGUGUCCUUAUUGUGAAGCUGUUUUUGCAUCCAAAAUCCGCCUGGAGAAGCACAAAGCCUGGAACCAUGCUGACAAGGCCUCGCAGGAGCCGAAAGUUGAUAACAAAGUGCAGAAAACACCAGUCAAGGGGAAUGCUAAGAAAAGGGCUGCAGAAAAUGCAGAUGCAGCCCCAGGUAUGUGUAAAAUGAAGAAGAUGCAGGAGGUGGGUCAGCUUUCUCAGAAUGGGGAUUGUGUGGUCCAGAAGGCUGACAAGAAACACUCACAGGCCACUUCCUCUGAGGCAUCGCCGAAGACCCCCGGAGGCAGUGAGAGCGAGGCAGGCAGCUUGCCUUCUCUGUUUCCCGAGGAGGACCCUGAGCGAACAAGGCACAGAAGGAAACAGAAAACUCCAAAGAAGUUCACAGGGGAGCAACCCUCCAUUUCAGGAACGUUUGGAAUGAAAGGACUGAGUAAAUCGGAAGACAAAAUGAAGGCUUCCAGAGCCAGGAAAUCCGAUGGAAACAUUUUUCAUGAAGAAGCGAUAAGGAAACUGCAGGCCUCCACUCUGAGAAAAGAAUCAAGCACUUUUUCUGCAGGGAGCCCGGAAGCACAGUGGCAGCAUGCUAUUUCAGAGAGAGGUGAGAUCGUCUGCCCCACCUGUUCUCUGGUCUCAAGGAAAACAGUCCUCGGCCUCAAGAAACACAUGGAAAUCUGCCAGAAGCUUCAGGAUGCCUUGAAGUGUCAGCACUGUCAGAAGCAGUUUAAGUCCAAAGCGGGUUUGAAUUACCAUACCAUGGCGGAGCACAGUCACAAGCCGGUCGUGAACGAAGGUCACUUUCAGGACGGGCAGGAAGAGAGAGAGAGGCUGCGCCGAGUGCUCAAGCAAAUGGGGAAGCUGAAGUGUCACAAUGAGGGCUGCACAGCCACUUUCUCAAGUCUCAUGGGCUACCAAUAUCAUCAGAGGCGCUGUGGGAAGGAGCUGUCUGACACAGAGAAGCCUAUCUUUAAGUGCGAACAUUGUGGGAAAACAUACAAGUCCAAAGCUGGCCAUGACUAUCACAUUCGAUGCGAGCACACAACUGCGAGAGACUUGACAAGCCCAAAGGAGCCGGAGCCAGAGGAGCACCAGGUGGCGGAAGAACCGGUCGAGGACUUUGAGCGGACCCCCAGCGGGAGGGUCCGGCGCCGGUCCGCCCAGGUGGCCGUCUUCCACCUGCAGGAGAUAGCCGAGGACGAGCUGGCCAAGGACUGGAGUAAACGCCGCAUGAAGGACGACCUGGUCCCCGACAGCAAAAGACUCAACUAUACUCGCCCAGGGCUUCCAAAGUUUAACCCCAAGAUGCUUGAAAGCUGGAAGAAUGAAGUCAAAGAGAAAGGAUUCAUUUGCUGCCCCAGCAAUGGCUGUGAAGCUAUCUACUCAAGCGUUUCAGGACUUAAAGCCCACUUAGCAAACUGUAAUAAGGGAGGUGGUGCCGUUGGAAAGUAUCGAUGCUUGCUGUGCCAGAAAGAGUUCAGCUCGGAAAGUGGAGUAAAAUACCACAUCAUUAAAACUCAUUCUCAGAACUGGUUCCGGGCGGCCAACCAGGUAACGCCACACAGCAAGAGGAAAGACCAACAUAAUGGCUUAAAGAAAGACUUAAAGAACAGCACAACUGGAAAGAGGAGAGGACGAAAGCCCAAAGAGAGAUUGCCUGAAAUGUCACAGAAGGACUCGGAGAGGUCUCAGUCAAAGACUAGCAAUGCAGACUCCCCAGAGAGCACUUCUUCUGCAAACAGAAGCCUCCCAGGCCCACACAGGGAAACAAAGACACCUGUAAAGAAAAGAGGGAAACCCAGAAAGAUGCCACCUGAGUGAACUGUGCACGGAAGAUGAUUUCAAGAAAAUCGCAAGCAGUUGCAUUUCACUCUAGAUAUGAAGGAAUACUUUAGAAACCAGACAGUAAAGAUAACAAAUAAACUACUUUGUUUCGCUAUUUAAUAUUAAUUUACCAUGUGUUUUUUUAACCUUAUAUAUAAAUAUAUACAGUAUAUGUGUGUGCUGGUAUAUACUGGUAUAUAGUACUUUUUCAUUCUGUAUUCAGACCUCAUUUUAAUUCUUAGGCUCUUAACAAAAGGGAGAUUUACACCUGUAAGCAAAGGUGAAAACCCUUUUAUAUAAAUAUUCUUUUUUAAAGAAACUACUAUUUCAAUCAAUUUUGAGUAGUGUUAUCUCAACAUGUACGUAGGUUUAUGUUGUGCUUUAAAAAGAUCUAUAGUAUAAGCUAUUUAAUUAGCAUGGUCAGUUAAUUUACUGCUCUUGUAUUUUUAGGUACUUUAAAGCCAGAUUUUGUCCAUCGUAUUCUUAAAGGCAGAACUUUAAAAGCAAACAAAAAGUCAAAAUGUCUUUACUGUGUGUUAUUUUUUUGUCUUAUAGUGGCAGCUGAACAAUAAGAGUAACAAUUCUUAUUUCUCUGAUGAUGGCAGGAUGCCUUUCAAAACCGUUCGCUGCAGUGCAAUAUUUUCUCCUCGUUUGUCUAAGGAAAUAGCCAACUACUUCUUUGAGCAAAAUUAUAUUACAAAAUCAAGGCAAUUUUCCUCCUUGCUAACCAGUCUGAUUCACUAGCUUUGCUGUUUGUGACAUUUUGUAGCAAGAACAGGGUACUUGGAAAAUAUGAUCAAAUGAAAGAACAUUUAAUUAAAUCUGAUAAUAUAACAGAAUAUUAAUGUUUUUUUCCAGCUUGUGCCGAAGUUUAUAAUUGCACAGUAACUCCUGCUCUCUUAAAGAAUACAGAAGCGUUUCAAGCAGAUAAUAAAUAGAACUAUUCCCCUCAUUCUACCUGGAAUUCUUGAAUAGGUUAUAUAACUAUAUUGAAAUAAUAGUCUAUUGAAAUAAUAGGAGAUUUUAUUAUACAUGAUGGAAGGAUGAUUUUGAAAGAAUAUAUAUACUCUUAAAAACAUAUUGUUCCCCCAAAUGCUUAAUUUUAAAAGUUUACAAUAGUUGUUUCCUCUGAUACUGUACAUCAAAGGGGCCAUGUGCAAAUAUAUGAUUAAUUUAUUGUUAAAAUACUAGAAUCUGCAGCACAAUCAAAAGUAUAUUUACCAUUUGUGAAGCAGAAACUUUUUGCCAUACAUUGUCGUAUACAGAAUGUUGUUCUGCUGUCCUGCUAUUUUUUUUUCCAGGGAAAAUUUGUGAUCUGUCUUAACAUAACAUCAGUUUAAAAACAAAGGAAUACCCCUUUAACUACUAAUGAGAAAGACUUUCUAAAAUUUCACUCUGAAAUAAAUGUCCUGUCCUGUGAUGAAGGAUACAGUUUACUGCUGGUUAUACAACUUUGUUGCCUUGCACUUUAAAUAUCCUUUUUAUCUUGCACUUCAAUGGUAAAUUGUUAUCCAGAAUCUCAGAAGUGGGUGUAUACACCUGUAUACAGUACACCUGGUUUAUAGAAUAUUAUAGGACUAAGAUGUCUAGCUCAGAUAUUUUAGCCCAUAAGUUCCCAGUUUAUAACUUAUAAGAGUUAUGUUAUAACAGAUUUGAAACUACCAUAGUAUAAGACAAAAUCCUGAAAAAAACAGUUUCUAAUAUAAUGAAACUUGUACCUUGUAUAUUUUUAGGGAAAAAAAAACUUGAAGUUAAAAAAUGAAAUAAGUUUUUAAAAAAUCCAUUGCUAUGACACAUAUCAUCC